UCCAUUGCCGACUCCAACUUCCUCUCCGCCACCACUACUGCCACCGCCACCGAGCUGCUGCUACAACCUUCUUCCUAGCAAACAUAAGAAGCCAGCUAAUUCGUGAUAAAAUUUUGCAGAAUUCCCAACACCUGAUUGCAGAAACCACUUAAAAUCAAGAACAAGCUCCACCCCACUACUGAUAUCUAACCCAAAGUCCACAAAAAAGGAGGGAAAAAAAAAUCUUGCAUUCACCCGAAAAAUCUCCGAUUGCUUCUUUUUGUUAAAACCUCAGCUCAAACAGAACCCUCCACUUUUUUCUCUUUGAAAUUAACGAUCGGUUGACUUGCCCAAGACGGUGAUAUUAUCGGCGAUUUACAUAAAAAACUCCCCGUGAAUGGAGACGGCCACCUCCGAUGCCUUCGGAUCAUCGACGGCACCGUUGACGUGGCACGACUUCCUCGAGAGAAUGCGUCAUCCUUCCGCUGCCCCGUUUGUCAAAGACAUUAAAAGCUUUAUAGUGUCAUUUAUGAACAAUGCGCCGGAUGGGGAAAGGGAUAGUGCAGCUGUGCAAGAAUUUCUUGGCAAUAUGGAAACUGCAUUUAGGGCUCAUACACUUUGGGCUGGUUGUUCAGAGGAGGAAUUGGAGAGUGCUGGUGAGGGAUUGGAGAAAUAUGUUAUGACAAAAUUAUUUCCACGUGUAUUUGCUUCACUUCCAGAAGAUGUACAAGCUGAUGAUCAACUUUAUGAAAAGAUUGCUUUAGUUCAACAGUUCAUUCAGCCAGAGAAUUUGGAUAUCAAGCCAACCUUCCAAAAUGAAACAUCAUGGUUGCUUGCUCAGAAGGAACUACAGAAGAUUAAUAUGUACAAAGCACCAAGAGACAAACUUGUUUGCAUCCUGAAUUGUUGCAAGGUUAUUAGUAAUCUACUGCUAAAUGCCUCUAUUGCAGCAAAAGAAAAUCCUCCUGGAGCUGAUGAAUUUCUUCCUGUUCUCAUUUAUGUCACUAUAAAGGCAAAUCCUCCACAACUGCAUUCCAACUUAUUGUAUAUCCAACGAUAUAGGCGCCAAAGUCGUUUGGUCUCUGAAGCGGCCUACUUUUUCACUAACAUACUUUCAGCAGAGUCAUUUAUUAUGAAUAUCGAUGCGAAAGCACUUUCAAUGGAUGAAACUGAAUUUCAGAAGAAUAUGGAAUAUGCACAUACACUUCUUUCAGGAUUGUCAGGGGCCUCGGACAAUCUGCCUGGUCAAAGUGAUCAAAGGGUUGGACCUGUGAACCCUAGAGAAGGUUUGAAUCAUAACAAGCAGCAAGUCUCGACAAUACAAAAUCAGUCCUCACUCGAAUCAUCUGACACUAAGUCCAGGAAUGAAGAGCCGUAUGUGAAAGAUCAGUUGUCUAAAAUUCCAUCAAUCUCAGACCUGGAAAAUAAAGGAGCAAACAUGCUUUUGAAGGAGGAUAAACUGAAGCAAGAAUUUCAGGAUUUCCCAUAUUUGUAUUCUCGGGUUGGUGAUCUGACAGUAGGCGACGUCGAAGACCUGCUGAACAACUACAAGCAGCUUGUUUUCAAGUAUGUCUCUCUUUCUAAAGGCUUAGGUCUGACAACUCUGCUUCAUCCUUCAUCCACAGAGCAACAGAAAGAACAGCAUGAAGCCAUAUCUAUGGAAGGGCAUAAAGGGACAAGAGAAGAAAAGUGGAUUGAAGAAAAAUCAAUUGAUGAGUCAUCAAAGGACUUUUCUCAGACUGCUGGAGAUUUGAAUGAAUCAUGUUCUGUGGUUGAGAAUGCUGAAUCCAUGUUGUCUGAAGAUGAAGCUGUUUCCAGUCAAACUGACGGAGGGGAUGAAAUAUCCCAGAGAUAGCACACGUGGAUGCGCAGUAUGCAUUUGCAAUGUGUUUUUCCAGUUUCUUCUGUAUGUUUAAAAGUGAGAUGAAGAAAUUUAGUUUUUGAGUUCUUCGUGGACAACAGGAUAAAGACACACAUAGAGGUGAAAUUAGAUAAAAGGAGAAGUGUUUCCUAAGGAUCUAAUGUAGGCAAAUUAUCAGGAAUUCAUUAUGUUGUAGCAGCCUUAGCAUUUUUUGCUGUUGGAUGGUUAUGAUCAUCGUCCAGAAAGCACUGUUCUAUCAUUAUGAUUUUUAUUCCUUGCACUUGAUCUGUUCUCUUGUGAGAAUUGAUAGGCUAAUUUGGAAACAGACGGCUUCCUUAGCCUUUUAAGGACUCCAUUCUGGCAUAAAAUCUCGUAUCCAAUAUAAACUAGAGCGUAGUUUCA